AUGCGUCACCACCAGCUGGAAAUUCUCCAUGGCAGACUGAGAAAUAACCCUCUGGCUGACCUGCUCCGCACAAGAAAGGGAUACCUGAGUCAACGUCCACUUCGGCAUAUCGUCGAACAGUUGGCGGCCGAAUUUCUGGAAUUGGCAGUAGGGCACUCCGAUCGACGUCUCUCUCCGCCAACAGUGAAGGCGAUGGGUUACCGAGGAGAUCACCAUCGGUGUUGGAUGGAGAAAAAGUAUCGGGAUACGUCUGGCAGAUGCGGAGUUGGUCGACGUAAGUCUGAGAAAGAGGCGAUUCCCGUAGCUGUCAGUCGAAUCUGCUGCACGAGAUCAUGCAUCGCAAGAACGCCACUUCUGAAACCGCGAGAGAUGCUCGAAGCGUCGGUGCAGUCGCCGGAUUAG